CCCUUCUUCAUCAAUCAGGCACACGGGUCCCUACACGCUUCUCCCAUACAAUUUACUCUUUUUCUUCUCAUUUCUCCAUUUAACCAACCCUAACCCUAAUUCCUCCCAAUUCAAAAUUAACUCCAAUUUUUGAAUCUCACAGCCAAUACAAUUCCCUAUCUGAUCUUACACUCACAGAUAACCGAAGAAGAAGAUGAAUUGCUUAUUAAUAGUAUCAGUAUAAUGAUAAGCGUAAAUUUUUUUAAAUUAGGGCAGCAAUUGCAUGGGCGGCGAUGCCUGAGCUUAAAAGAGGCGUAAGAAGAAGAGGUCGCGUAGCAUCGCAACCGCAACAACAGAAGCCGCGAGAGGGGAAGAGACCGAGGACGAGAUUGGAAACGAAAAGAUUGAAGGAAAAUUAUAAUAAUAAUAAGGUAAUUGUGAUAUCUGAGGAAGAAGAAGAAGAGGGGGAGAGUGAAUUUGUUGAGUUGGGUGUUUGUAAAGAAGAGGAAGAAAUAAUGGGAGAUGAGAGUGGUGGUUUGAGUGCUAAUAAUAAAGCUUCUGCUGGUCAAGAAGAAGAAGGAAGUACUGCUCCUUUCCCUGAAAAGGUUCAAGUGGGAGGGUCGCCGUUGUACAAAAUAGAAAGAAAGUUGGGUAAAGGUGGCUUCGGUCAGGUGUUCGUUGGUCGUCGAGUUAGUGGUGGAACUGACCGAACCGGGGGUCCUGGGGCUCUGGAGGUGGCUCUGAAAUUUGAGCACAGAAAUAGCAAAGGUUGCAACUAUGGGCCCCCAUAUGAAUGGCAAGUAUAUAACACUCUUGGUGGCAGCCAUGGUGUGCCAAGAGUACAUUAUAAAGGUAGACAAGGGGAUUAUUAUGUAAUGGUUAUGGACAUGCUAGGGCCUAGUCUCUGGGAUGUUUGGAAUACUUCCGGACAGGCGAUGUCCUCGGAGAUGGUAGCUUGUAUUGCAGUUGAAUCUUUAUCAAUUCUAGAGAAAAUGCAUUCAAGAGGCUAUGUGCAUGGGGAUGUAAAGCCGGAGAACUUUUUACUUGGGCAACCGAAUACAGCGCAAGAGAAGAAGUUAUUCCUCGUUGACCUUGGAUUAGCAACAAAGUGGAGAGACACUGGCAGUGGGCUGCAUGUUGAAUAUGACCAGCGUCCUGAUAUGUUUAGGGGAACUGUCAGAUAUGCCAGUGUUCAUGCUCACUUGGGAAGAACUGCUAGUAGAAGAGAUGAUCUGGAGUCUCUGGCAUAUACACUUAUUUUUCUGCAUCGAGGCAGAUUGCCAUGGCAAGGGUAUCAGGGUGACAACAAGUCCUUUCUAGUUUGUAAAAAGAAGAUGGGAACAUCUCCGGAGAUGUUGUGUUGCUUUUGUCCUCCACCUAUUAAGCAAUUUCUUGAGAUUGUGGUGAAUAUGAAAUUUGAUGAGGAGCCAAACUAUUCUAAACUGGUAUCUUUAUUUGAGGGUCUUAUUGGACCAAAUCCAGCUAUAAGGCCCAUAAACACUGAGGGUGCUCAAAAGAUUAUCUGUCAAGUUGGGCAAAAACGUGGCAGGCUUAAUUUUGAGGAGGAUGAAGAUGGGCAACCUAGGAAGAAGGUUCGUCUUGGAGUGCCGGCUACACAGUGGAUUUCAAUUUACAAUGCUAGACUACCAAUGAAACAGAGAUACCAUUAUAACGUGGCUGAUGGAAGGUUGGCUCAACAUGUGGAGAGAGGAAUUGCUGAUGGUUUGCUUAUAAGCAGUGUAUCAUCAUGUUCUAAUCUUUGGGCACUAAUUAUGGACGCUGGAACUGGUUUCACAAACCAAGUAUAUGAAUUGUCGCCUUUUUUCUUACACAAGGAAUGGAUUAUGGAGCAAUGGGAGAAGAAUUAUUACAUUAGUUCCAUCGCUGGUGCAAACAAUGGAAGCUCCCUUGUGGUGAUGUCCAAAGGCACUCAAUAUACCCAACAGUCUUACAAGGUCAGCGACUCAUUCCCUUUUAAAUGGAUUAACAAGAAGUGGAGAGAAGGAUUUCAUGUGACUUCAAUGGCUACUGCUGGAAGCCGAUGGGGGGUUGUCAUGUCUCGCAAUGCUGGCUUCAGUGAUCAGGUUGUGGAGCUUGAUUUUCUUUAUCCAAGUGAGGGUAUCCACAGACGCUGGGAUAAUGGAUUCCGGAUUACAUCAACAGCUGCUACUUUUGAUCAAGCCGCUCUAAUCCUGAGUGUCCCCAAGCGCAAACCUGGUGAUGAAACUCAGGAAACUUUGCGUACUUCUCAAUUCCCUAGCACACAUGUUAAGGAAAAAUGGGCAAAGAACCUUUAUCUUGCGUGUUUGUGCUACGGAAGGACUGUUUCUUGAAAGCUCAGUUCCUACGGGAGACAUUAUGCAAAAAAGAAAUGAAGGGGAUUUUGAUGCUGCCUCACCGCGCUCUCUACCUCGUUCUCUCUCUCCUUUUUUCCAUGUAGUAUGUGAUGUUAAUUGUACAAAAUGGAGUAGGAGAAUUUAGCUGCAGUGCCAGUGAUGAAGAUUUGAUAAUUCUGUGUAUGAUAAAUAUUUUUCCAUUGAAGCUCUACUUUUAGCUCUUAUACAAAAAGGGGUUUAAUCAUUUGGCUCCUAUAUAUUUUGUGGUUUUGGAGAUUUAAGACAGUAUCCGGUAUUUUAACUUGUUCUUAAAAAUUGGUGUAUCAAAAACAAAUUGUGAACUUCACAAUUCUUAAUGAUAGCUAUCAAGUUGUGCCCA